CUCCCCUUCCCCCUCCUCCUCCUCCUCCUCCCGCCGGCGCCGGAGCCGCCACGCCGCCGCCCAUGGAGCUCAUCACCAUCCUAGAGAAGACGGUCUCGCCGGACUGCUCGGAGCUCGAGGCGGCGCAGAAGUUCCUGGAGCAGGCGGCCAUCGAGAACCUGCCGACCUUCCUGGUGGAACUGUCCAAAGUGCUGGCAAACCCCGGGAACAGCCAGGUCGCGCGCGUGGCCGCCGGGCUGCAGAUCAAGAACUCGCUGACCUCCAAGGAUCCCGACAUCAAGGCCCAGUACCAGCAGAGAUGGCUCGCCAUCGACGCCAACGCCCGCAGGGAGGUCAAGAACUUCGUGCUGCAGACGCUGGGCACGGAGACGUACCGGCCCAGCUCGGCGUCGCAGUGCGUGGCCGGCAUCGCCUGCGCCGAGAUCCCCAUGAACCAGUGGCCGGAGCUGAUUCCGCAGCUGGUGGCCAACGUCACCAACCAGCACAGCACCGAGCACAUGAAGGAGUCCACGCUCGAGGCCAUCGGCUACAUCUGCCAGGACAUCGAUCCAGAGCAGCUCCAGGACAAAUCCAAUGAAAUCCUGACUGCCAUUAUCCAGGGAAUGAGAAAGGAGGAGCCCAGCAACAAUGUGAAGCUUGCAGCUACCAACGCACUCCUGAACUCUUUGGAAUUCACCAAAGCAAACUUCGACAAAGAGUCUGAAAGGCACUUUAUUAUGCAAGUAGUCUGUGAAGCAACACAGUGUCCAGACACGAGGGUACGAGUGGCUGCCUUACAGAACCUGGUGAAGAUAAUGUCCCUUUAUUAUCAAUAUAUGGAGACGUACAUGGGGCCUGCCCUCUUCGCUAUCACAAUUGAAGCAAUGAAAAGUGACAUAGACGAGGUGGCUCUGCAGGGCAUCGAGUUCUGGUCCAACGUGUGCGACGAGGAGAUGGACCUGGCCAUCGAGGCCUCGGAGGCAGCAGAACAAGGAAGGCCCCCAGAGCACACCAGCAAGUUCUAUGCCAAGGGGGCACUGCAAUAUUUGGUCCCUAUUCUAACCCAGACCUUAACAAAACAGGACGAGAACGACGACGACGACGACUGGAACCCCUGCAAGGCGGCGGGGGUGUGCCUGAUGCUGCUGGCCACGUGCUGCGAGGACGACAUCGUCCCCCACGUGCUGCCCUUCAUCAAGGAGCACAUCAAGAAUCCCGACUGGAGGUACCGGGAUGCGGCCGUCAUGGCCUUCGGAUGCAUCCUGGAAGGGCCCGAGCCCAACCAGCUCAAACCUUUAGUAAUACAGGCCAUGCCAACGUUGAUAGAGCUGAUGAAGGAUCCCAGCGUGGUGGUCAGGGACACGACGGCCUGGACCGUGGGCAGGAUCUGCGAGAUGCUGCCCGAAGCAGCCAUCAACGACAUCUACCUGGCCCCGCUGCUGCAGUGCCUGAUGGAGGGGCUGAGCGCCGAGCCCAGGGUGGCCACCAACGUCUGCUGGGCCUUCUCCAGCCUUGCUGAAGCUGCCUAUGAAGCUGCAGAUGUGGCUGAUGAUCAGGAAGAACCAGCAACCUACUGUUUAUCCUCCUCCUUUGAGCUGAUAGUGCAGAAACUGCUGGAGACUGCAGACAGACCUGAUGGACACCAGAAUAACUUGAGGAGUUCUGCCUAUGAAUCCCUGAUGGAAAUAGUGAAAAACAGUGCCAAGGACUGUUAUCCUGCUGUCCAAAAAACCACCCUGGUCAUCAUGGAGAGGCUCCAGCAAGUGCUGCAGAUGGAGUCUCACAUCCAGAGCACCUCUGACAGAAUUCAGUUCAACGAUCUCCAGUCCCUUCUCUGUGCUACUCUCCAGAACGUGCUGCGGAAGGUGCAGCACCAGGACGCGCUGCAGAUCUCGGACGUGGUGAUGGCCUCGCUGCUCAGGAUGUUCCAGAGCACGGCUGGCUCCGGGGGGGUGCAGGAGGACGCCCUGAUGGCCGUCAGCACCCUGGUGGAAGUCCUGGGUGGAGAGUUCCUGAAGUACAUGGAUGCCUUCAAACCUUUCCUUGGCAUUGGGCUGAAGAACUACGCUGAGUACCAGGUCUGCCUGUCCGCCGUGGGGCUGGUGGGGGACCUGUGCCGAGCCCUGCUCAACAUCCUCCCCUUCUGCGACGAGGUGAUGCAGCUGCUCCUGGAGAACCUGGGGAACGAGAACGUCCACAGGUCGGUGAAGCCGCAGAUCCUGUCGGUGUUCGGGGACAUCGCGCUGGCCAUCGGAGGGGAGUUCAAGAAGUACCUGGACGUGGUGCUCAACACCCUCCAGCAGGCAUCCCAGGCCCAGGUGGACAAGUCCGACUACGACAUGGUGGAUUACCUGAACGAGCUGAGGGAGGGCUGCCUGGAGGCCUACACCGGGAUCAUCCAGGGAUUGAAGGGAGACCAGGAGAACGUGCACCCUGACGUGAUGCUGGUGCAGCCCAGGGUGGAAUUUAUCCUGUCCUACAUCGACCACAUCGCCGGGGACGAGGAUCACACGGAUGGGGUGGUGGCCUGUGCCGCUGGACUCAUAGGGGAUUUGUGUACAGCUUUUGGGAAGGAUGUCCUGAAAUUAGUAGAAGCCAGACCCAUGAUCCAUGAGUUGCUAACGGAAGGGAGGAGAUCCAAGACAAACAAAACGAAAACCCUCGCGACCUGGGCCACGAAAGAGCUGAGGAAACUCAAGAAUCAAGCUUGGUAA